AUGAGAGCAAAUUGUUCCAGCAGCUCGGCCUGCCUGGCCAACAGUUCGGUGGAGGAGCUGCCAGAGGGGGUGAAGGCCUACAGGAACCUGGAACUCGUAUUCACAGUGGUGUCGGCCCUGAUGAUUGGCCUACUGAUGUUCUCCUUGGGAUGCUCUGUGGAGGUCCGGAAGCUCUGGGGACACAUCAGGAGACCCUGGGGCAUCGCUGUGGGACUGCUCUGCCAGUUUGGGCUCAUGCCUCUCAUCGCCUACCUCCUGAUCAUCAGCUUCUCUCUGAAGCCGCUCCAAGCUAUAGCUGUCCUCAUCAUGGGAUGUUGCCCAGGGGGAACCGUCUCAAACAUUUUCACCUUCUGGGUGGAUGGAGAUAUGGAUCUCAGCAUCAGUAUGACAACCUGUUCCACAGUGGCUGCCCUGGGAAUGAUGCCACUCUGCCUUUAUCUCUACACCUUGUCCUGGAACCUCGAGCAGAAUCUCACGAUUCCAUAUCAGAACAUAGGAAUCACUCUUGUGUGCCUGAUCAUUCCUGUGGCCUUUGGUAUCUAUGUGAAUUAUAGGUGGCCAAAACAAUCCAAAAUUAUUAUUAAGAUUGGGGCCAUUGCUGGUGGACUCCUCUUUUUGGUCGUCACAGUGGCUGGUGUGGCGCUGAUAAAAGAAUUUUGGAGUACAGACAUCAUUCUUCUGAUGAUCAGUUUCAUCUUUCCUUUGAUUGGCCAUGUCACAGGCUUUCUCCUGGCACUUCUUACCCACCAAUCUUGGCAGAGGUGCAGGACAAUUUCCUUAGAAACUGGAACUCAGAAUGUUCAGAUGUGCUUAACCAUGCUGCAGUUAUCCUUCACUGCAGAGCAACUGGCCCAGAUAUUUAACUUCACAUUGGCCUAUGGACUUUUCCAGCUGCUGGAUGGGUUUCUCAUGGUUGCUGCAUAUAAGAUGUACAAGAGGAGAGUGAAGAACAAACAUGGAAACGAGAAGCCAGGUUGUCAAGAAGCCCGCCGUAGGAAGAAAUCCACUUCUUCCAAAGAGACCACUGCUUUCUUGGAGAUGAAUGAAGAAGCCACUCUAAGUCCUGGGCCAUCAGGACCCGUGGAUCUUCAUGGGGCUCCGACGCCAACUGGUGACAUCUCACAUGCCAAGUAG